AUGUGGGCCUUCCCUCCCCAGGCGAGGCCUCCCCGGGGGAACAGGAACAGCGCCCCGCCGGGGGCCCUCACCCUCCUGGGUCAGUGUGGGGGUGGGCAUGUGGUUAAAGGCCUCCAUCUUUGUUCCUCCGGCCCCCCCCGCUCUGCCGUAAAGCUGCCCCUCCUUGCGGGCGUGUGCAGCAUCGACCGGAGGUUCACCUACCACAGGGCCCCCCACUGCAGAGCUUCUCUUCUGAAAGCAGAGAAGGACCCAGAGUGGACACAUAGCCAGCUGAAGGGCUCGGUGUCCAGCUGCUCUCUGAGCAGCGAGAACCCGUACGCCACCAUCAGCGAGGCGCCGGCCUGCAAACACUCAGAGAGCAGCUACGUGGAGAUGACCUCACCGGCCCGCCGCGAGCACCUGACCCUGUGCUGCCCCGCCCCCCCCCACGCCACCGCCGCCGCCGGCGUCCACGCCAGGAACGUCUACGACAUCGAAGAUUUGAGUGUGACCCCCAACCCAGCUGACCCACAUGUUCUCCAGCUCAGACUAGGCGCCCUGCUGCUUCCCGGCUACGCCCAGAGCCCCUACGACCUGCCCAGGAACAGCCACAUCCCCAGCCACUACGACCUGCUGCCCGCCGGCCCCCCCCACAGCCGGCCGCAGCCCCCCCACAGCCUGCCCGGCAGCCCCGCCAGCUCGCUGCUGUAA